AUGGAUUUUCUAAAAACUCCUUCGAAGACCAAUUCGGCGCAUUCAAAGAAUUCUGACUCUAGCAACGUCAACAAAGGAAGUGCUACAUUCUCCAUUGACGAAGAUGACGAUAUUUCAAGUAAAAACUCUUCGCAGUCUGUGAAAAUGAGAAAAUCAAAAUCUCCAAAAACAAAAGGAAAGAUUGAGGACCAACUAAACAAUGAGAAUCUGAAAAUGCUACAACAAAUCUUUGAGAACGCUGAUGAAGAUUGUGGAGGAGGCCUAGAUAUUGAUGAAUUUGGCAAAGCCCUGAAAAUGGCAUUCCAACAAGAACUUGAUGAUAAACAGCUAAAUAUGCUGUUUAUGAAGGUUGACACGAACUGUGAUGGAACUGUGGACUGGGAGGAAUUCUGCAACUACAUGUUGUUGGAAAAUCAACAGAAAGACAGUAUGAGCCGUGAUGUAAACGAGCUGCCAUUCCCAAACCCUGAUCGAACAAUCACCAACCCUCAUCACGACAUUCUUGUCAGCGUAGCCUAUCUGCCAUCAUUUGGAGCAAACCAUGGUCAAAAUUCCGACGAAGUAGACUCCAGUUCUGGUCGAUAUCUCUCCUGCAGCAAAGAUGGAGCGCUGGUGUUUUGGAACCUCGACUUCAAGCUGCAAAAAACUGUCCUCCUUGGUGACCACCAUUCAUCGUCGAAUAAAACAAGACCCAUCUGGGUCACUUGUUUAGUGGCACUUGGCAACGUAAAGAAGAUUGCGGUAUCAACGACUGAGCGAGAUCUCUCAUUUUAUGACUGUUCCGGGAAUAAUUUUGACAAGCAAUACAUGGUAACAGGAUUUCAGCAUAGCAUUUUGUCAAUGGAUUAUUGGUAUAAUCCAAGGAACCUGAAUGAAAGUCUAAUACUUCUUGGUGACACAGGCGGUGGAGUCUCUUGUAUAAUGUUCAAAGAGGCGACAGUAGGCCUAUUUGAUGUCAACAUUGGUAAACUGGAAGUUUUAUCGCAUGUAACAUUUCGACGAAUAUCAUUCAAAGAAUUGUUCAAGAAAAACCAUAGAUCAGUAAAAGUGAUUUCCCUACCAGGACUGCACGAUGACUGGGUGAGAAAAGUGAAAUUCAUACCAAAUUUGCAAUGCUUCCUUUCAUGUACAAGAACAAACAACACAUCUUUGUACCUUGGAGACUUGCAACGAAAGAAAAUGAACUCCUAUUUUCGCGUUCGUAAAGGUAUUUACGCUUUUGACUACGACAAAGACAACAAUGUUAUAGUAACUGGUGGUCCUGACCGAAUCAUUCGUCUUUGGAAUCCAUACGUAACCACGAAAGCAACUUCGGUACUCAAGGGACAUGUUGCACCAAUUUGCCAAAUCAUAAUGGACAGCGAGCACCAGCAAAUAAUCAGUAUAUCAAAGGACAAGAUGAUCAAAAUUUGGGACAUGAGGGACCAGCUAUGCAUCCAAACGAUUCCAAGCCGACUGGUACACAUUGGGAGCACGCCUGUCACAACAGCUCAUUAUAACCCAAAGCACAUGACAUUGGUCCUCGGUGGUACAUCGCUUGUAGUGCUGGACAAAAGAGCGAAGAUCGACUAUGCUGCCGGAGAUGAUGAAGUAACGAGUCAUUGCAAGCCUCUUUGUGCAGCCUUGUAUAAUGAUCUAUUCAAUCAGGUUGUCAGCGCUUGCCAUGGAUCAGUUGUGAAUGUUUGGCAACUGGAAACUGGAGAAAAAUCGAUUAUGUUCAAAGUAGCUGAUGAUGACGUGGAAAUAACUUCCAUUUCUUUUGACCCCACGAUGAGGAGAUUGAUAACUGGUACAGGUGAUGGUACAGUUAGAAUCUGGAACUUCAACAAUGGUGCCUGUCUCAGAGAGCUGCAGUCAGCCGAUGGUAGUGAGAUUACUGGAAUUGCGUGCCCAAAACGAGCAAUUGUGUUUGUUGGUUGGAAUCAGCAAGUCUCGAUAUUUAGAGAUACUACUGGAAACGAAGACGAUCAGGCAAAGAUAUUCACACACAUCCAUAAAGAUGAUAUUCUUUGCAUCGAUCUAUAUAACUCAACGAUGGCAGCUUCUGCUAGUUACGAUGGUCAAAUAGUGGUCUGGAACGUUGAAACGGGCCAUUUGUAUUAUCAAUUCAACGUUAACACAGUGAAGGGAAACAAGAAGUAUCAAGGUUUUCUUGCCAAUGAAGUGGAAGAUGAAGGGACUAAGACACUGUCCAUGCCAACUAAUGCAAAAUUUGGAACACACAUCAAGAAGGCUCUAUCACCAAUAUCUCCGAAUUUACAACAAGAAAAAAGGCCACCAACAAGCGAAGAACUGCUAAAGCAUGCCUCAGAGCAUUUAUCUGUGGAUAAGGUUCUCUUCCUCAAGAAUCGGGAACACGAUCAGAAGACUGCAUCACUUCUGACAAGUGCAGGAGGCUUGAUUCAAGCAUGGAGUGUUCGAGGGGGAGGCUUGCUAGGCCAGUUCAGAGCUGCACACACUGCUGGCGAAUCCGUUUUGGGAAUGGCAACAGACUCGAGGAGUCUUAUGCUCAUCACUGGAGACAGCAUGGGAUACAUAGCAGCUUGGGAUAUCUCCACUUAUUCUGUGCGAAAUGCUGAAGGAAUGCCCACGCCCGACACCAAGUCAAAGUCAAUGUUCAGCUCUUUGGUGCGAUCUAAACUGUUCAAAAAUACAUUGAAACCUGCAAACGAGGCAGAUGAUAGUGCUGAACAGUCCGGGUUUUCAGGCCUCAUGAAAGACCUGACGUCCUCUGUGAACACCACACCCCCACAGAAAAUCAUUUCUUUUAGAGGCCAUACAAAAAGUAUCGUCAGUGUAGACUACGUGGAGAGCAAAGAAUUAAUGAUAACUGCAUCUACAGAUUGCUGUGUGAGAGUGUGGACAUUGCAAGGACGGUUUGUGGGAACGUUUGGAGAAAAAGCACCUUGGGAGCCACUGGAAAACUUUUAUCAUCCAAAGCACGAGAAGAAAGUUCCUGCAGAUAUUCAAAGAACUGCUUCGCAGGGAACACUGCGCGUGCUUACUGGAUCCAGUUCGAGAUGGAGAAUUGCCACCAACGUCCUCCGUUUCCUUGGGAUGGGCCGAAGGCGCUCUACGCAUCCAGGGCUCCUGUGCAGCAACCUCGGAGAUGGUACGCUCGACAAGGAAGAACUUGAGUUGCAAAGACGGCUGGAGACGUUAAAAAUACCAGCCACUAACAUUCUCGGAAAAAACUAUCAACCCAAAAACAGACACAAAAUACCACCCACCAAUAUAAAGCAGAAAAUGAUACAGAAUCAAUGCGUAGUCUACGCUUCCCUUCCUUACACAGAGCUGAGAAUCCCUAAAGAGCCUAAGAUGCCACAAAUCGUUGCCAAGCGACAAUGGGAGCGAUCUGCCGCGAUACUUAAAAGUGAUAAUGUCAGGUUCAAGCAUCCUUUCCGUACCAGACGAGAAGGCUCAGUAUUUCAAGGCAGUGCAUUCGCAAGGCGUCAGUCGAUAAUGAGAAGAUAA